UUUCCCAUAAAAAUCCAACCUUUUUCAUCCCAACUACCUCCUUCCCUCUCCCAUCUCGACGCCUCCUCGCCGCCGGCCGCCGCUUCCCCUCGCCGCCGUUUCAUCCUGCUCGACCGGAGAGUGGUACAGUGAUGGGGUGGGCGACGCGGUUCCUGGCGGCGGUGUGCUUCUUCGCGGCGGGCGUCGUCUUCGCCCCCGACGUCCUCCUCGGCGCCCGCUCCGGCUCCGGCGGCGGCGCCGCCACGGCCGCCAAGGUGGCCCACCUCCUCUGCUUCGCCACCUCCUGGGGCGCCGCCCUCUGGGCCACCUUCAUCGGCGGCAUCAUCAUGUUCAAGAAUCUGCCGAGGCACCAGUUCGGGAACCUGCAGGCGAGGAUGUUCCCGGCCUACUUCAUGCUCAUCUCGGUCUGCGCCGCCGUCUCCGUCGCCGCCUUCGCCUACCUCCACCCCUGGAAGGCGGCGUCCACCGUCGAGCGCUACCAGCUCGGCUUCCUCCUCGCCGCGCUCGGCUUCGACCUCUCCAACCUGCUCGUGUUCACCCCCAUGACCAUCGAGAUGAUGAAGAAGAGGCACAAGAUUGAGAGGGACCUGAGCAUCGGUGAGGAGGUCGGGUGGUCGAAGAAUGUACAGGUGGCAAAGAACAACCCUACCCUUGCCGCGAUGAACAAGAAGUUUGGGAUGAUCCACGGCCUCUCGUCUUUGGCCAAUAUCAUGGCAUUCGGCAGCCUAGCCAUGCAUUCCUGGUACCUUGCUAGCAAGCUUGAGAUGUGAUGCGACAAACACCUUUCCCUGCCACUCUCUGCCACUCAGUUGAAGAUAUUCUUAUUGCAUCACAAUGUUGCAAUGCUCCAUUCGAAUAGCUUGCAAAUAUAUCUACGUGUACAAUGAUUUGACUGGAGAUUAGUUGUACUUAGAAUAACAUACAGAAUGCACGCAGUUCUACCCACUUUAUCAUGAAUUCAUGUCCCAAACUAUUCA